AUGGCAACCGAAGCAGCUACGCCCCCGAGCCUCGAGGCUCAGCAACACGAGGAGUACAUCGACUACUCUGAAGACGACUUGGCAGUACCUGCCGUCGCAGCCAAAGACUCGAACAACAAAUCGUUUUCGUCCAACGCUCAGUUUGACCCCGACGGGUCGGAGAUCUUGGAGAUGGCGCCUGCAGAGUCAGACUACCAGGCCCAAGCCAUCGACGUGCAGGUCGACGCUGACAUUGAGACCAUUUCUGCGGUUACCGAUGUAAAGUUGAAGGGUGAAGGUGCAGAAUUCGAUACUACGCUCGCCUCUGAAGCCGUCCAUCAGAUACAUACCACGGAAGCUGAGGAUAAUUACUUCGACGAGACUGAAAUUCUCAAUACUGUCAAUAAUACGGAAGCCGAAGGAGCUUAUGUCAACGAGAACGAAAUCAGCUGGGAGGAUGGUUCUGGCAAUGAACAGGAUGCAGAUCAAGACGAUAGUCACGCCAAGACUGGUAACGAUGACUGGCAAUUGGUUGGUGAUGCAGACCAGGUUGCACAAGAUGCUGCAAAUUUAAACGACGGAUCAUCCGAACAUGAAGAAGCGGAGUGUCACGAAAUUGACCAAGCGCUGGAGGACGUUCCUAGCGCUUUUGCCAACCUCGAAACAGACGUCGAAGCUAUUGCUGUUGACCUUGGCCCUGCUUCGGAAGAAGGGCAAGUUGCCGAAACCCAAGAUUCAGAGGCGGAUGAUGUGAAUGGGACAGCUGAUCCCGAUCCGGAGAACAGCGAUUCAGCUGUCGAUGCCUCGGCAGAUGUCAGUGACACCCAGCUCGAACGUCUUGAGACCUUUCAGGAGGGUCUUCACAAUGCCCCUAGCGAACAAGGCGCCGAGGACUAUUCCAUGGGCGAAGAUUACGGUUCUCAGCUUGAACGGGACGCCGAAAGCGACAUUGCUGCUACUGAUGAUGAUGUCACCGACGAGCAGCACCAUGGCGAAGUUGCCGACGCUACCGACCACAUGGUGUCAGAGGAGGCCAUAUCGGACCACGAGCAUAUAAUGUACGAUGAUGAGAUGCUUGCCGAUGUGCAAUCGUCAGUUUCGGCAGAAACGUCACCCAACGAAGACAUGGAUAUUCCCGUAAUCACGGUCUCGUACAAAGGCAUCGACUAUCCUUUCUUUUACGGCUCGCCGGAUAGUGAGGGCAAGGAAUGCUUUUUUCAUGACCUGUCGCUUUUGCACUGCAAAAUAGAAGGCGUACUGGCAGGUUUCCGUCGAGAGCUUGCCAAUGAACUCGGUCCAUUCGACGAGCUUGUGUUCCAGAUCGACGAGCUCGGACUUGAAUUUGCUGAAUCCAGCCAGCCAGAUGUGUUUUCCGAUAUAACCUUGGGCCAGAUUAUCUCCGUGUUUGACUCACUAGUCAAGAACCAGAACCCCAACGCGUCAAAACCGCUCUACGCGUAUCUCUCUACCCGGCCCAACUGCAAGAAGCGAUGGCUUUCCCUGGUCGAUGAUGCCUACAAUGGCAAAGGCCUCGAUGAAAUCAGCUUCUACUUCGCAUCCAGGGCGCACAGUGAAGCCCCUGAAAUUCUGGAUGACGAGGCCGACCUGAUUGGAGAAGAAGACAAUGCCGAUGCUGCUACAUGGCCACAGUCCCCUCGCGAGAGUGAGCGUGGCGACCUGAAUGAAGACAAGACUCAGGAUGAAACUGUGGAGACCAACGAGAACAUCAACGAGUAUGACGAUGUUGACGAUGGCAUCAAUGGAGAUGGCAAUGCAGAGUCACAAAGUGCUCUUAACGAAGAUUCCAUCCAGCCAGAGGCGAGCGUUGUAGACGACGUCGAUGUCGAGCCGACCAUGGUCAACAACGGAGCUGCCCCCAUGGAUGAGUCCACCGUAGCUGCGGAUGUUAACGCCAUUGAAGACACCAGUGUGGUAGACAUGGGAGACCAGCUACCUGAACACCACGGAGAAAAUGCCCCAGAAGUCGAUGCAUCUAACCCACUCGAUUGGGAUGCGAAAGAAGUCGACGCGUUUAACGCUGCCGAGGACGUCCAGGCCUUUCCAGAAGACGAGGAUCUCACGCACAGUUUGAACCAGAUUGCCGAAGGUGUCGACGUGAACCCAACAGUCAAGGUAACCCCCAAUACCAGUGCGACAUCGACACUGAACGGCGAUGAAGAGGCGACGUACGACAAUGAGCUUGAUCUCAAUGCCGACCUGCCUGAAAACGAAAUUGAUGGCGCUGAGAUCCAUGGCCAGGACGACGAACUAGCAGAAAUUGAUUGGAGGGAGUUUCCUGGCCAAGACGAUGAUGUUGCGAAGUCUCCUUCGAUCUCUGGCAAACGCCAGAGAUCGGAUGUGGACGACAUGCUGGAUGACGAAGCUCAGAAAGACGUCAAGCGUCGUCGGUCUUGA